UCGCCGAGCGCUUAGGAAAGGAGGGUACCGGGGGAACCAGGGCUGGCUCGCAUGUGGGUGAGGUUAUUCGCCCCGGGGCGGGCAGCAGCUUGCCAGCGUCGGCUUCCCUGAGCGGCGUUCCUGUUUGCUCCCCGCUGCAGCCGCCGGCAUUUCCCUGAGCUUCCCUCCGCACCUUCCUCCCCUGAUACCACUUCGGAGUGAUUCUUCCCAGCGCCGGGACAGGCGGGCUGCUCUCGCUGUCAGGCAGCGGCGGGCUGCCGCGUCUCCCAGGAGCAGCUCGGCUCCUUCCAAGGAAGGAAGAGGCAGCCGGGAGCCGGGGGGCCAGAGGAUGCUCGCCGCGGUCCCGGGCCGCAGGGAUGCGGGGUUGCUAGGAGGCAGGUGAAGGUGAAGAGGAGAGCGCUGCGGAGGACCGCAGGCCCAGAUCCGCAUGUCAGACCAGCACAGCACCGACGAUGGGGAGACAGACCCCCAGCACAGCCUGUCUAUGGUCUUCCUCCUCGUCCUUGUCUUCUUCAUCAUGGGGCUGGUGGGUUUCCUGAUCUGCCAUGUCCUGAAGAAGAAGGGUUACCGGUGCCGGACUUUCCGGGACGAGCUCGACCCAGAUAAUAAAGACGUGCUGGCGGAGCUCCAGGCCAAUGAAGAGGAGGAGCUGAAUGAGGACACUGUGGAGAAGAUUGUGAGGUGCAUCAUACAAAAUGAAGCAAAUGCGGAAGCCCUCAAGGAGAUGCUGGGGGACAAUGAAGGGGACAUCCCAGUGCCAGUGCCCAGCCUCUGUCCCCACCGUAACAGCCAGGACGGGGGCCCACCACAUCACCACACAGUGCAUCUGGGCUCCACGCAGGCCCCCUGCAUCCACUGCAGCAAGAGGAAGAGGCACCCGCUGCAUCGACAAGGACGGUCCAAGGAUGGCAAAGGCAAGAUGCAUCCUGGAGAGACCACCGUCUUCUCAGUGGGCAGGUUUCGUGUCACACACAUCGGGAAGAAACCCACUUUCCAUGAGCAGCAGGAUGGGCCCCUGCCCGACGGCAGCCGGGAGCUGAGCACGGAGGAGAUGGAGCACAGCAGCGAGCGGCUCCAGCGGGAGCCGGCGCGCAAUGGGACUGUCCCCACGGGUGGCCUGCAGAACGGAGACGUCCAGAAGGGUGUCCAGGGUGGCAAAAGCGGGGGGCAGAGCUGCUCCACCACCCCGGCCCCAGACACACCAGCCAGCUCCGGCCCUCGCGACAGCCGGCGGGCGGGCAAGCGCUCCGGCACGGCGGGAUCCCUGCAGGAUGCUGGCACUGCUCCCGGCAGCACCAGUCGCCAGAGGAAGCUCCUGAGCCAGCGGAUGCUCGGAGGGUCGAGUCCCAGCAUCCCGGGAGCGCUGGUGCAGGAAGGAGCCAGCAUCUGCCUGGAGGAGACCGGACUGGGGUCGGCAGAUGAAGUGUCGGAUAUUCACGGGAGCCUGAGUCUGCAUGAGCAGGUUGAUGACUUGGGAAGAGAUGACAGCAGCAGGAAACAGCCCGCAGUGGGGGAUGUGGGGCAGAAGGAGCCCAGUGCUGUGGUGCAGGACCGAGGAGCAACCGUGUGACCUCCUCUCCGCUCCUGGCUGGAGCGCGGACAGGAGGUGCUCAGCCCCUGACCCCCGCCAGGCUGGGGGCUCUGCCAUGGGGUACCCGUGGGGCAGCCGGCCCCGGCCCCGGGUUGGCAGCUACGCGCUUGGCAUGGCCGGAGCGACACGCCGACGUUACAGACAACGCACUCGGCGCCAGACCUCAUCCCAUUGGCAAUAGGUACCCGACUCCCACCCACUGCACCUGCCCCGGAGACACCCCCCGGCCUGGCAGGGGCAGGACAGGACCCGGUCCCCACUGCCCACCCAGUGCCAGGGGAAGGAUGGACCCGAGGGGCUGCAGAGAGGGGCAGGGAUGGAGGCAGCAGCUUGAGCUCCCCCAGGGUGUGGGACAGCACCCCCCAACCCACUCAGCACGUUCACCACAGAGCACAGCCCCCCCGGGCACCUUGGCCACGCAGAGCGGGCACAGGCACACAUCCUGCACCGGCAAGGGACCCGGCCAGGUCCCUGCGGGAUGAGGCGGAGAGAGGAGCUUCCAGCCCCAUUCCCAGCACAGAAAGGGCUGGAGCCUGGCCCGGGGGGCGCAGGAUUGCAGCCAGGCCAGCGGGCAGCCCCCGUGCCCGCAGCGAGCUUUGGUGUGUAACCGCACUGUACAUAGACAAGCUAAAACCAUUAAAGCUGCUGAAUCCCU